AUGGAGCUUUUAUUAACAACAUCUGUAGAAAAUGUCACAGACGCACAAUUGCACAUUGCACCUACGGAAGGAGCUUUUGGCCCUCACCAGUUGCUCGGAAUGCUGUCAAAUUCGAAGAACAUUCCAAAUAGUGAUUCUGAUACAAACGCGACAGUAUCCAACGGCACAACAAUUAUAACAUUUCCUUCCAACUCAAACCCACACACUUCAUCAGUUGUGGCGCUUUGCCUCAUACCAUUUCUCCUAGUAAUAUCAGCCAUUUCAGUCGUGUGGUGCUACAGGAAAUACAAAGGGUAUUCCCCCUGGUGGUUACCUGGUGCUAGAGCAAGAAAUUCUGCUGCCAUGUCCUUGAGUAAAGUCAUGCAACAGUAUAUUUCGAAUCCAAACUACUAUUCCAACUCUCCGGAUGGUCCACUGCUAAGAAUGUUUCGGGAGUUCGAAAUUCCAGAAGAAAACAUCGCCGUCGAGGAAGUGAUUGGCGAAGGAUAUUUCGGAAAAGUGCUCAAAGGAAUUUAUACCACAACUUCGGGUGUGACGUUACCCGUCGCAGUCAAAACACUGAAAGAAAACGCCAAUCCUGAGGGACAGAUUGACUUCGAGAGAGAGGUAGAGAUCAUGUCAUCUUUCUCCCAUGAAAAUAUUCUGAAGCUUUUGGGAAUUGUGAAAAAAGAGAACGAAGCAACGCCUUGGAUGAUAUUUGAAUUUAUGAGAUUCGGAGAUCUGGCAGAGGUACUUCGCAGCAACAGUCCACUGAUGCCAGAUCGCAAUACAGAACCUGAACUAAUACUGCAAGAGUCGGAUCUGGUGAGAAUAUCCGAGCAAAUCGCCAAUGGGAUGCUCUAUUUAGCAUCUCAGCACUUCGUACACAGAGAUCUUGCGACUCGGAACUGCCUGGUUGGAGAAGGAUGCGUCAUUAAAAUAUCAGACUUUGGUAUGUCCCGAGAUAUCUACACAUCAGAUUACUACAAGAUAAGUGGCUCUCGAAUGUUGCCCAUCAGAUGGAUGGCGCCUGAAAGCAUUUCCUACGGCAAAUUUUCUUUAGAUUCUGAUACCUGGGCUUAUGGUGUCGUUUUGUGGGAAGUGUUUACUUAUGGUAAACAGCCAUAUUUUGGACAUACUAAUGACGAAGUUUUAAGGUUGGUCCUCCAGGGAAUUCUUCUAUCUCCUCCAGAAAACGCUCCAGAAUUCAUUUGCGACAUCAUGAAAGGCUGCUGGAAGACUGACCCCCGCGACCGAUUAGUCUUUUCGGAAAUAUGCGACAUUAUAUCCGCCAAUACCACAUCAUCACCAUAUGCAGAAGUCGUUCCUACUCCACCCUCCUCAGACAUUGAAAUAAACAUGGACAGUGACAACUACCUGAUUCCUACCGUAUCUGUAGAAACAUAA